AUGGUUCCAUUAACACAUAUAAUUUCAUUUCAAAUUAUUGAAGUACGAGAUGAAAUUUCCUGCACACCGGUAACAGUUGGUCCAAAAUUUAUGUCAAAAUUAAUUGCAAUUCGUAGUAAUGAUUCAAUAGAGAAGAUUUCUGAUAUGGCGACAUUUUCAUUUACUAGUUUUGUAACAAUUAAUCUUGCAAUGUUUGAUUUAAGACCUUUUUUAAAUCUAUAA